CCACGCGCUGGACUUUAUUGUGCCGCAACAAGCCCCCGUUCCCAUUGUUUGUGCUUUUUUCAAAAUAUGGCAAAGGUUCAGGUGAACGAUGUAGUGGUGCUGGAUAACCCUUCUCCUUUCUACAACCCAUUCCAGUUCGAGAUCACCUUCGAGUGCAUCGAGGACCUGUCUGAAGACCUGGAAUGGAAAAUUAUCUAUGUGGGCUCUGCAGAAAGUGAAGAAUACGAUCAAGUUUUAGACUCUGUUUUAGUGGGCCCUGUUCCUGCAGGAAGGCAUAUGUUUGUAUUUCAGGCUGAUGCACCUAAUCCGGGACUCAUUCCAGAUGCAGAUGCAGUAGGUGUAACAGUUGUGCUAAUUACAUGCACCUAUCGAGGUCAAGAAUUUAUUAGAGUUGGUUAUUAUGUAAAUAAUGAAUAUACUGAGACAGAAUUAAGGGAAAAUCCGCCAGUAAAACCAGACUUUUCUAAGCUUCAAAGGAACAUUUUGGCAUCCAAUCCCAGAGUCACAAGAUUCCACAUUAAUUGGGAAGAUAACACAGAAAAACUGGAAGAUGCAGAGAGCAGUAAUCCAAAUCUACAAUCACUUCUUUCAACAGAUGCAUUACCUUCAGCAUCAAAGGGAUGGUCCACAUCAGAAAACUCACUAAAUGUCAUGUUAGAAUCCCACAUGGACUGCAUGUGACCACCUGCCAUCCCUAUAGUACAAAUUAAGCUAUAAAAACACACAGAACUAUUUCCCUCAAAUUCCGUAAGUCCAUAGUCAAGAUACAAUGUGAAGAAUUUGUUUAAAAAACAUCCUGUAGAAAGUUUAUAAGAAAACCAGUAUUUGAGCAAAUUGUGGAAUAUAAAUACAACUAUUUUUAAGUAAUUUUUUUCUCUAAUGUGUUAUUUUA